AUGGGAAGUGAUGAUAUCAUAGCAGGGAACGUGAGCAAGUACACUGUUCUCCCAGCUGGUUAUUGUGGACAGCUUAAAAAAGGACAUCUUAUAUUUGAUGCCUGUUUUGAAAGUGGUAAUCUUGGACGGGUGGACCACAUCACAGAGUUUGAGUAUGACCUGUUCAUUAGACCAGAUACGUGUAACCCUCGCUUUCGAGUUUGGUUCAACUUCACUGUUGAAAAUGUAAAAGAAUCACAGAGAGUAAUUUUCAAUGUUGUCAACUUCAGUAAGACAAAAAGCCUGUAUAGAGAUGGGAUGGCUCCAAUGGUGAAAUCCACAAGCAGACCAAAAUGGCAAAGAAUACCCUCUAAAAAUGUGUAUUACUAUCGCUGCCCAGACCACAGGAAGAACUAUGUCAUGUCAUUUGCUUUUUGCUUUGACCGAGAGGAUGACACUUACCAAUUUGCUUACUGCUACCCCUACACUUACACUCGCCUUCAGCACUAUCUUGACAACCUACAAAGGAGGAACAUGGACUACUUUUGCAGAGAACUGUUAGGACUCAGUGUGCAGAAACGGCAGCUUGACCUCCUGACAAUAACCAGCCCUGCGAACCUGCAUCCCGGAGCCGAACAGAAAGUGGUGUUCAUCACUGCACGAGUCCACCCUGGGGAAACACCAUCCUCCUUUGUGUGCCAAGGUAUAAUUGAUUUCCUUGUGAGUCAGCAUCCUAUUGCGAAAGUACUGAGAGACCACCUGGUCUUCAAGAUUGCACCCAUGCUCAAUCCUGAUGGAGUAUACCUAGGAAAUUACAGGUGCUCCCUGAUGGGGUUUGAUUUAAACCGGCACUGGGCAAAUCCAUCUCCUUGGGCUCAUCCUACACUGCACGGAGUGAAACAGCUCAUCAUUGAGAUGUACAACAAUCCGAAGAUUAACCUGGAGUUCUAUAUUGACAUCCAUGCCCACUCCACCAUGAUGAAUGGCUUCAUGUAUGGGAACAUCUUUGAAGAUGAGGAAAGAUUUCAGCGACAGGCUGUUUUUCCCAAGCUACUCUGUCAGAAUGCCGAAGACUUCUCUUAUUCCAGUACAUCGUUCAACAGAGAUGCUGUGAAAGCAGGGACAGGCCGGCGUUUUCUUGGUGGGCUGUUAAAUGAUACAUCCUACUGCUACACUCUGGAAGUCUCAUUCUACAGCUACAUAUUGGGUGGACCUACGUCUGCUGUCCCCUACACAGAAGAAGCAU